AUGGCUCCUGUUUACGCCGACCAUCCGUUCGCUCUGUUGACGACACCAAUCUCGAAACUUCCCAAAGACGUCAAGGUAUGUUUACUCAGGCCCGAUGUUUUCCAUCAGAUGGCUUCCGAAAUGGCCAUUGUACACAAUUACCUUCUUCGUGGUCUGAACGCCAUCUACCUACAAGCGCCUCACAUCAAGCCCCAGGAUGAAUUCAGCUUCGCAAACCAUGCGUUCCAGUGGUACCGUUUUCUAGAUGCCCAUCACAGAGGCGAGGAACGUCUGUUCUUCCCUUCAGUAGACAAGCUUACGGGUACCACUGGGUACAUGGACAUCAAUAUCGAGCAGCAUAAAGCUUUCCAUGACGGACUUGAGGCUUUCGCAGAAUACAUCAAGGCAAUUAUUGCCCGAAAAGAGGCGUACGACGGCAAAAAGGUCGUUUCGCUAAUAGACGCAUUUGGCAAAGAGCUGGCCCUUCACCUCGAAGAGGAGAUUCCCACAAUUCUUGGCCUUGAAAAGUUUGGUCUUGAGAAAAUUGGCCCUGUUGAGAAGGUUCUCAGGCAAGAAGGUCAAGAAGUCAUGGGGGAGCUUGGCUUUUUCGAUGGCCUUCCGUGGGCCUUGACCACCAUAGAUACCGAAUACGAGGGAGGCAUAUGGGCGAAUAUCCCUCCGGACCCGGUUGGUAAGCUCAUCGUCAACGUUGUUCGAUAUGUCACCUGGUGGGCCCACCGCGACUGGUGGAAGUUUGGGGCCUGUGAUGGCAACGGAAAGAUGCAGCCGUUAUAUGCCCUGAGAGGCGACGACAAGAAGUAA